UGUAAACAAUAUGAACUUGAAAUAUGUAAACAAAGAUAUGAAAUAACUACUGCAGUAGUUCUAAAGGAAUGGAUUGAUGUUUAAAAGUGUAGAAUGUCAAGGCAUAGCACUCAUCUUUCCUCGUACUUGAAAUCAAGACGGGAAAAGACGUCGAACGCUGACACUCGCUCGCCUUCCUCCCCUGCCAGCUCGCCUGCUUCUGCAAGUACGAUAAAACAUGCAAGGUACAAGUACCAGUUUUUUUAAAUACCAGCCAGUUCCGAUUGUUUUGGUGAUAACUGGAUGGUCAUCUCACUGAUAAAGAUGCCGAACAGUGAAGCCACCGUCAUGCAUUGUACAUCUGCACUCUGCAGAAAUUUUUAAAAUAGAAGUUUUAAUAUAGACGGAAAUGUCGAGUGUGAAUUUUAUACAUAAUUUUUAAGACCUAACCUGGAGCAGUUGCGAUAAAUGCAACUACAGGCCCCUCUGGCAGACUUGCGGCUAAAGACAGGAAUCUAGUCCGACCUGCGACCAGGAGACCCUCCUCUAUAACGACCUAUAACCCUAAACACAACCCUAACCCUUUUGCUAUUAACCCUUUUCCUAAACCUAGAGGGUUAAUUAAAAUUAAAACUUUAAAGAAAAAAAAAAUUAACUUUCCAAAAAGUAUUAAACCUACUUCAGCAGAACUCGAACCACAACAUCACACAUUACAGCUGCAUGCCGUAUCCAUUGAGCUACUGGGAAGUGCUUGCCCAUUGCAAAUAAAAAAAACCCUUUGAUAUAAUGUCAUAUUUACAAAUAUUUAGGCCGGACUAGAUUCCUGUUAUUCGCCGCAAGUCUCUGGUAGGAAUCGAACCUGCAAUUCUGGUGCAGUGCUCUAACCAACUGAGCUAGAGAGACCAGUUGUCAAGCUCUAACUGCAAAUUCAUAAUUAUGAAUAGAAUAAAUAAAUUUUUAUGUUUUAGUCACGGAAACGCAAAUAGAAAGCACAGCAGCCAAAAAUCACUAAAUGGUAAAAGUAAACUUGGCAAACAAAAUAAUAGUCAAGCCCCUAUUAACUUUAUGUAAGUAUAAUAAUUCAUUACAAAUAUUAUGACUAUAAUUAUAAUUUAUUAUGAUUUAUUAUAAUUUAUACUAAAUAUUUUCUUUUUAGACUACCACCUGAGCUCGUUUCAAAGAUUUUUUGUUUUUUAACUCCAUCUGAAAUUUUAAUAUGUGCCAGAGUUUGCAAGAGCUGGAAUGAUGUCAGCAAUGAGAUGUCAGUGUUUGCUUGUUUUACAUUUUUUAAUUAAUAGAUUAUAUAGUUAUAGGUAUAGGCCCAUAGGGGGGCCCCAUGGAUACCAACACCCUAUAAAUGGCAACAUUCACUACUUGCCUAACUAUCCAAUAAAAACAUACCUAAACAUAUUUGUGGAUGUGGUGACUGCUGACAGUGGCAUAAAUUCACUUUUUCUGAUGGCGUGGGCAAAGUCGAAAUUUCAGAACACUCCCCACUUACAGUAAAUUGUAUGGUGGGGAGGGGGCACAAUUGCCAACCCACCCUAUUGGUGACUUGGCCAUUUGUCCAAUAAUUCUUUUUGUAUCGCUAUACUGGACCUGAACAUAUUAAUAGAGACGUUCAGAUCCGUACUAAGCCCGUGAAAGGUAGUGGAAGUCUAAUCUGGACUGAACCGCUUUAUGAAUGGUGUGAGUCAAAAACCCACUCCAAUCAACUUUUUCAGUUGACUUCGGCAGUGUAAAAAAUCAUGGUGAAAAUCUUCUUUCCAUACUAAUCCGUCCCAUGUCUUUACUAACAGGUCAUUGUGGCUUCAUCAUUAUAACGUAAUACCACGUAGCGUGCGAGAUUCCAUUCUCCCAAAUGAAAGAACAUCGCCAACAUUCAAAUGGAAAACUGAGAUAAUUAACAGGCAUGUGCAUUAUGAUAUCAAAUUUGAGAAAAAUAUCCAACCACACUUGUUGUGUUCGCACUGCUUGUCCCAAGUUGUCAACAAGUUUGGAACAAGCUGUUAACAACUUGUCACAACCUUAUUGGUACUGUCAGACUUGUUGCAAGGUUGUUCCAACAAGUCCGAUACAGUCAUGACAUAACAAUAUUGUUACAUGAAAAAGCUUCGUUGGUAGAUAUGCAACUACACAGGUAAAAACGCACAAGUUGUAACAAACCUGCAACAGACUUGUAGCAAUACUGUUCAACAGGGUGUGUUCGCACUGCUUGUUCCCAGCUUGUUGACAAGUUGUCAACGGCUUGUUCACAACUUGUUACAAGGUUGUUGAGCUCAACAGACUUGUUACAAGUUGUUCCAACAACUUGUUAUCAUCCUGCAAUUCAACAAUUUGUCAACAAGUUGUGAGUGACAACCUUGUAGCAACUUGAUAAAAUAACAGCACUGUCACAACUUUGUUGACAAGCUUGCUAGAAGCCUGUUGCGAACACAUCUUGUUGGCAAGUUGUGAGAUUUUUACGACUGUGUACCUGAAAAUAUAUAGGGAGAAUUUCGACGUUUCGGAGUUAGUAAUCCAGACGAAGGGUCUUCGCUCGAAACGUCGAAAUUCUCCUUAUAUAUUUUCAGGUAGUUGCAUUCCUACCAACGAAAGCUUGUUUAUUUGCGUUGAUUCAUUGAUUUGGCACUUCCUACACUGACAAAGGCAGUUCAACAAUAUUGUUACAACCUUGUCUGGUCAACCUUGUAACAUUCUUGUUAUACACAUGCAAAAGUCUCGCAUCUUGCAGCAAGUCUGCCAACAAACCGUCAACAAGUUGUGUUCGCACUGCUUGUCCCAAGUUGUCAACAAGUUUGGAAAAAGCUGUUAACAGCUUGUAACAACCUUGUUGAUAUUAUCAGACUUGUUGCAAGGUUGUUCCUACAAGUCCGAUACAGUCAUGAUAUAACAAUAUUGUUACAACCUUGUGUGAUCAACCUUGUAACAUUCUUGUUAUAUCAUGACUGUAUCAGACUUGUUAGAACAACUUUGCUACAAGUCUGAUAAUAUCAAAAAGGUUGUUACAAGUUGUUAACAGCUUUUUCCAAACUUGUUACAACAACUGGGAACAAGCAGUGCGAAGACAACUUGUUGACAGCUUGUGAACAGAUUUGUAACAGCUUGUUUGCAGACUUGUAACAACUUGUGCGUUUUUACGUGUGUAACAUGAUUGUAUCAGACUUGAUAGAACAACCUUGUAACAAGCCUGAUAAUGCCAUCAAGCUUGUUACAAGUUGUUAGUAACAGCUUGUUCCAAACUUGUUACAACAACUGGGAACAAGCAGUGCGAACACAACUUGUGGACAGACUAUUUGUAACAACUUGUUUGCAGACCUGUAGUUAACAACGUGUGCGUUUUAACGUGUGCACUAUAUUUUUUAUUUUUUGCUAGGACUGUCCUUCAUCGAAACAAAAAAGUGAAAUCGAUGUUAAAGAAAAUAAAUCCGUAUUCUGCUUUGCCCGCAGGAAUAGAACAAGGUUUAAAGUAAGGAAAAGUUACUUAUGCAGCAGAGCGGGUGGAUUUCGUUUUGUGUAUAUUCUCUAAACGCUGUAAUAUAGCUUACGCUACAGACAUCCGCCGGGCCCGCCUGCAUUUUCUUUGUACAGUAAAAAAGUAGGAACUGAUCCAACUUUUUCGCGGCGAAUUUUUCGCUGACCGAUCACAUUGCCAAGAUUUGUUUUUCGCUUCGCACAAACAAAUUCGCCAAGUGGAAAAUGGGCGCUCGUCGAAAACUGCUCAGAUCGAUCCAAAGUGAUCCGCCGUCUAGACCAGACCAGACCACGCCCUGACCAGACCAACUGUCUUCUGGCCAGGAGGAGAAUGUAAUUACAAAAUACACCUGCAGUGCAGACAAAAUUGACGACAUUGAUUGUGGAUUGUAUUUUCGUAACUCCCAUUGUUAUAGCUUAAAUUUAUUACACAAUUAUUCAGGCCCCUACACACGUAAAAAUCCCACACAACUUGUCAACAAGAUGUGUUCGCAACAGGCUUGUAGCAAUCUUGUCAACAAGUUGUAACAACACUGUUAUUUUAUCAAGUUGCUACAAGGUUGUCACUCACAACUUGUUGAAUUGCAGGACAAUAACAAGUUGUUGCAACGACUUGUUGUGUUGAAACAACAACCUUGUAGCCAGUUGUCAACAAGCCGUUGACAACUUGUCAACAAGCUGGGAUCAAGUAGUGCGAACACAUCCUGUUGCCAAGGUGUUAGAACAGCAUUGCUACAAGUCUGCUGCAGGUUUGUUACAAUUUGUGUGUUUUUAGGUGUGUACACGCGUAAGAAUCCCGCAUCUUGUAGCAGUCUGUCAACAAGCCGUCAACAGGUUGUGUUCGCACUGCUUGUCCCUAGUUGUCAACAAGUUUGGAACAAGCUGUUAACAACUUGUAACAACCUUGUUGAUACUAUCAGACUUGUUACAAGGUUGUUCCAACAAGUCCGAUACAGUCAUGAUAUAACAAUAUUGUUACAACCUUGUGUCGUCAACCUUGUAACAUUCUUGUUAUAUCAUGACUGUAUUAGACUUGUUAGAACAACCUUGGAACAUUCUUGUUAUAUCAUGACUGUAUUAUACCUAAGUCUGAUAAUGCCAUCAAGCUAGCUUGUUACAAGUUGUUAACAGCUUGUUCCAAACUUGUUACAACAACUGGGAAUAAGCAGUGCGAACAAAACUUGUCGACAGCUUGUGAACAGAUUUGUAACAACUUGUUUGCAGACUUGUAACAACUUGUGCGUUUUUACGCGUGUAGUGUCUACGUGCUGAAAAAUUUCAAUUUUUAUCCUGAUCUAUUGUUUGAACUGCGCUUAAUACUGCAAUUAUCUUAUUAUAAAUGUUUGCUCCUAGACUUCUCUCGUUAAAAUGGCAGCUUGAUUUCACGGACAAAGACGGCAAUAUAUACACAUUUCUUAAUGACGACAUGUUUUAUUUUGCCACAUCAACAACCGCUCGUUGGUAUACAUUACAAUUACCGUCCAUCCCAAAGUUAAAAUCUCUCUCAGUUUCUACACUCACGGCCGUGUUUUACCACAGGGACUGGAAACCACACUCUGACAGGUAAAAGCAUGGGUUGGCAUCAUGGUAAAAAUCAAAUGCGCAUUGCCAAGACACAGAGUAUAAGUACAUACAGAGGUCUCACUUCAGGUUAAUUUAGCGUAAGGAAUUUCUUCAGUCCGCCAUGUUCUUAGCAAAUGCCCUAAAGAGAGGCCGUCACCCCCUGAAUAUAUAUUGAAAUGUAAUGUUCCAGGGGGGCGAACGCCUGUCUUUAGGGCACUUGCUAACAUAUGUUUUUUUACACCUGUGCGUAAAUUUUUUAACAUGUUUGAAAAACGCUUUGUCAAGUUUACAUUUUCUUUUAGCCGCAUGUAAUCCAAUUUACUGUUCAAUUGUUUGACUAUGUAUGAUAUAUUAAAUUACGCUUGUCUUUACUACAUAAACGGCCAACUGUAUUGAUAUUGCGAUGGAUUGGUGGUGAUAAUAGUUAUGUGAUGGUGGUACAGUAUAUUUCAUUGUAUGAAAAAUAAUCCAUUUUCUUAUUUAGUGCAACAAGAAAAUCUCUGCUGAUUUCAUGUGAAUUGAAGGGUACGUUCCAUGAUUAUGUUGCGUGCGUAGAGCGAAUGCCAUUUUUUUACAGGACCCGCGGACGAGCAACAGCUCAAGAAAAGAGACCUUUAAAGAAUGGUUGUGGCAACUGCACACUCUGCCUACAGAAAGUUGACCUGUUUGUUGUAAAGAAAAAUUCUUCUAUUUUAGACUUGAAACUGUCACAACAAAAUUGCACGAGCGAGGAUGAAAUGAUAACACUACACACUGUUCAACCUGGUGUGAUGUUGGCUGUUUGGAAACAUUCAUGGAAGG